AUGGCUUACUCUGUCAGUCUCGUCGAUGUUAUCCUCGCACUCAUCGCAUGUAUCAUAUUGAAACGGCUCGUCGCUCGAGCCCCCGCUCCAUACCCUCCAGGUCCGAAGGGAUGGCCCAUUAUCGGCAACCUCUUUGACAUGCCUGCCGAACAUAAGUGGCUUGCAGUCUCCGAAUGGGCUGAUAAAUGGGGUGACGUUGUCUAUGUAAAUCUUCUGGGUCAACACUUUGUAUUCUUGAACUCGACCAAGGCAGUAUCGGCGCUUUUUGAAAAGAAGAGCGCUAUAUAUUCCGAUCGACCUUACUUUACAAUGGGCUGUGAACUCGUUCAAUGGAACUGGACUCUCGCACUCCACCAGUUCGGUGAAUCCCAUCGCGCAGGCCGUAGACUAUUCCAGUGGUAUAUGGGUACCAAGUCUGCUACCGAGAAGCUGCAUCCCGUCGUCGAAGAAGAAUCAUUCCGCUUCCUGAGGCGAAUUCUGGUUCAACCGCAGGAAUUGUUCGAUGCUAUCAGAAAGGACGCUGGAGGCAUCAUACUGCGAGUCACAUAUAGUUAUGAACCUCAGGAAGAGCAUGAUCCCCUGGUUGAGCUAGCCGAAGAAUCGAUGUCUCAUUUCGCGCUCAUCACUAGUCCGAACGCCUUUCUCGUGGACACCCUGCCCAUCUUGAAAUACGUGCCGUCGUGGUUCCCGGGAGCUGGUUUCAAGAAAACCGCCGCUUGGAUGUACAAAUGCUCCGUCGACACUGUGGAAAUACCCUUUGCAUGGGUUAGGAUGCAAAUGGCCGAUGGGACCGCAAAACCCUCUUUCGCGUCACGUUGCCUGGAAGACGCGGGAGAACUCACGCCGACAAAGCUGCGAGAUAUCAAAUGGACCUCGGCGUCCAUGUACGCAGCUGGAGCGGACACUACCGUCGCACUCAUUAAUUCGUACUUCCUCGAAAUGACCCUUUUCCCUGAGGCUCAGAAGAAGGCCCAAGAAGAGAUUGAUAGAGUCAUAGGGCCUGACAGGCUCCCUGUAUUGAGUGAUCGACCGCUCCUCACGUAUGUCGAAGCUCUGGUGAAGGAGGCAUUCCGAUGGCAUCCAGUCGUGCCUCUUGACCUUGCUCACGUCGUAACGCAAGACGAUAUUUGUGACGGCCAUUUCAUCCCGAAAGGAUCUAUGGUGAUUGCUAACAUCUGGAAACUCCUCCACGACCCAGAGACCUACUCAAAUCCUAUGGAGUUCAGGCCAGAAAGGUUCCUAGGUGAGAACCCGGAACGCGACCCUAGGGAGUUGUGUUUCGGAUUCGGAAGACGCCACCCCCCUCUAGGUCUCAACCUAGCGGAUGUAUCUGUCUGGUGCGCCGUUGCGAUGUCGCUGGCGGCAUUCGACGUAUCGAAGGCUAUGGAUGAGAACGGCCGUGUGAUCGAACCACUAGUAGAUUUCACGAGUGAGACUGUUAGCACUGUGAAACCAUUCCAAUGCUCUAUCAAGCCACGGUCCCGCGCUGCAGAAGCUCUAGUACUCGCAAAUUCCGAGAAGACUGCCUGA